CUGCAGAUAUGCAUGUCACAUGAGCCUUUUAUAUCCAAAUUGCAUGACCUUAAUCUCGUUUAAAUAUGUUUCUGAAUUAUAAUGUAUCUGAUUAAGUAAAAUAUAUAUCUUUGGACUUAUUAUGGCAGGUAAAGCUCUUGACUACACUAGCAAAGCCACUGGAGUCUACCCUGGGAUGACUACGGCUCCAUACUCCAAGAUCCCCACAGCUGGGUUUGGUGUAAAUGGAGUUCUAAGAACCUCAGAUGGAAUAGUUUACUCCUCUGUUGCUGCUCCAGAUCCUUCCACAUAUGCAAUCACAACUCAACCAGGCUCCAUCUUUAGCACAGCCCUAACACCUACAUCAACAGUCCAGAACCAGUCAUUGCCACAUCCGUAUGGUUUUAUUCCCAGUACAGACCCUGGACAGAUCAUUCCUUUUGAAACAGGGCUACCUAAGGAGCUUCUCCCCACAGCUUUGGCUGACAUCAUAACAGGCUAUCCAGAUAUGUACUCAGAUACUACCCUGGAAGCAAUUGCUGCCUCUCUAGAUGCCUUAGCCUCUUCCUCAAUAUUCCCUGGUUUAGACAACACCAAGAUGGCCCAGUAUCAGAUGGAAAGGGAGUUUCUAGAGCUAGAGAAGCUUAAGCAGCUUUGUCUCGCUGAGGAGCUGGAGUGGGAGAGGCAGGAAAUCCAGCGUUACCGUGAACAGGAGCAGCUCAUGGUCCAAAGGGAGCUUGAGGAGCUUCAGGCUCUGAAACAGCAGCUUCUAAUGCAACAAGAGGAAGAGCACCAUGCCCACAUGGUGGCCCAGCAGGAGACAUAUGCCCAGCAGAAAGAGCAGUUGCAGCAAAUCCAACAACUCCAACUGCAACUCCAGAGCCAGCUUGAUGAGCACUAUGGUAGCACUGGUACUACAGGAAAUCUGUUAGAAGCUAAAUAUGCAGGGGUAGGGGAUAGUGGCCAGUAUUGGCCUGUCAAAGAUGAGUCUACAACUCCAUCUAUUGGGACAAAGUUAGAGGAAAGUCAGGACCAGCUUAAACUAGUUAAGAAACUACAAGCUGAUCAGGACACAGGAAAAAGAAUAAUUGAUAGUGGAGUGCAGACAGAUGAUGAAGACUCAGCAGAGAAGCAGCCCGUAGGAAGGAGAAAGAAGAGCAAGAGAAAUAAUGAUAGCUCAGCUCAGACUGAUGAUGAAGACCAAGAUGAAUGGGAUGCUCCAACAAAAGCUCGACGACGAUCUCGAAAACAUAGCAGUGAUGGAAAACAUGGCUCUAAGGUCUCUAGUAUUGCAAUCCAAACAGUGGCAGAGAUAUCUGUCCAGACCGACCACUCUGGAACUAUCAAACGACCAAAUGUCCAGAUGGACACAAGGGUAGAAAUAAUUAAACAUAUCUCAGCUCCAGAGAACUUUCAGAGGGGUGGCAGUCUGAGCUGUCAGACAGACUAUGACAGAAGGUACACCCCCAUUGAGGUUGGCUACAGCACACAGCUGAAAGCAGAUGUCCCCUCGAAGUCUAAGGUCUUCUAUACAUCAGUCUCCCCCAUGUCCCCGGAAAAGUCACUUGGAGGGCAAAGAAUGCUGACUGCAGACCCAACCAGAUUUUCUUCUGGACCUCGGACACUAAAGGCUGGUCAGAAGUCUUUUUCUGAUCCUAAAUCCCUUAGUCCUGCCACAGAUGACAGGAUCGGUGGAUACUAUGCAGAAAGCUAUUCUAGUCGUGGCUCUCCCUCUGGUACAGGUAAGAAGGUAAAGCGAACAUUACCAGACCCCCCUCCUGAGGAUGACUCCCUGACAGGACGGUCAGGCUACAGCAGCAACUCUGCUCGUCGCCGUCUUGCGCGCAGUACAACAAUGGCCCGGGCAAAGAUCCUUCAGGACAUUGACAAGGAGCUGGAUCUGGUGGAGAGAGAAUCUUCUAAACUUCGCAAGAAACAAGCUGAGCUAGAUGAAGAGGAAAAGGAGAUUGACGCCAAAUUACGGUACCUGGAGAUGGGUAUCAACCGACGUAAGGAUGCCUUACUGAAGGAGAGAGAGAAGAGAGAAAGGGCUUAUCUCCAGGGGGUGGCAGAGGAAAGAGAUUACAUGUCAGACAGUGAGGUUAGCAACAUAAGAGAAGCCAGGGGUGAUGGCCUGGAGAGACCACGGACAGCUCCACAGUCUGAGUUUGACCAAUUCAUCCCCCCUCAGACAGAAGCUGAUUCCCAGUACAACACACUAACUAGUCCCUACUCUCACUAUGCCCAAUAUGUUCCUCAGACCCAAACCACCAGUCACUACACCCAACAGAACCUAUAUCAGCAGCAGUCCCUUUACCAACAACAGGUAUCUCCUUACUCAAGCCUUUCCCUCUCUCAUGCCCAGGCUCAGUCAAGCAGCUACCAACAUGCUCUGCUUUUGCAGCAGGGUAAGCAGCGGCAAACCACCCUGUCUGAUUUAGAGCCCAAGAUCAGAACCAACUAUGAAGUGAUACACAACCAGCCUCUGCUCAUUGUGCCAACCUCAACAGAAAGUGGUUAUGGGGUUGCUCACCUUGGGGGAAAGUAUGGCAGUUUGGACUUAAGAAUAGGGAUAGGGGAGAGGAGCAUGGUGUCCAGUCCCAUGUCAAGCAUUUCUGCUGAUUCCUUCUAUGCUGAUAUUGAACACCACAAUUCCAGGAACUACGUGCUGAUAGAGGACAUAGGGGAACUCACCAAGGCCUCAACAGGUCUGAGCAACACUGGCUUGGGAUCCGGAUUCAACAUUCCUGAUAAGGAGUUGUCCAAGGCAGACAGACUACUCAGGGCAGCAGAAGUCAGGCGCUCAGCGGAGGUGGCAGAUUUUUUAGGCUCAUCUCGACUUCAGGGUUAUGGUAAAGGAGAAGAUGACACUAUGGAGGAGCCUUAUGAGCUAAAACUACUGAAGCAGCAGAUUAAGCAAGAGUUCAGGCGAGGAAAUGAGGGACUAGAACACUUAACAGGCCUCGGCCUGCCCCAGUAUCUCCCCAGUGAUGGCAGUUUUCGGCACUUCCCUAAAGGAGAAAAAUAUAGCAUCGGCAGGCUCACUCUUGAAAAACAGGCUGCAAAGCAACUCCCAGCAGCUGUGCUUUACCAGAAACAAAUGAAGAACAAAAAGGCCCAAAUAGACCCUAAGGCAAUCACAAAAUGCUCUCCAAUUCAGGAGACUAGGGACCUGGAGCCCGACUAUGGCAGCUACAUGGGAUCUGGGGCCUCUUCUGUGACAAAUCUUGCUGCUACAGCUAGGUUGCUUCAGGAUGAGAUUACAUUUGGGCUAAGAAAGAACUUGUCUGAGCAGCAAAAAUAUUUAGGAUCCUCCCUGGGUGCAAACUUAGCUGGCUCUCUUAAUCUUGGGCAGUCCCUUGGACUUGGAUCUACUAUCAGGGCCACUGCCCAUGAUGAUGGCACCUACCCAAGUGGCACCCGUUCCCGACCCUCAUCACGCCCUUCUUCCCGCCCCUCUUCUGUCUAUGGCUUGGAUCUAUCCAUCAAAAGGGACCUAUCCAGCUCCUCACUUAGACUUAAAACAGAAGGAGAGGUCCUGGAUGCAGCAUUUGCCCCUGGGGUGGCCAGAGCAAAGCCCACUAGUUUACCUAUCAGCCAAAGUAGGGGCCGUAUCCCCAUUGUGGCUCAGAACUCUGAGGAGGAGAGUCCUCUGAGCCCAGUGGGGCAGCCUAUGGGUAUGGCUAGAGCCUCAGCUGGACCUCUCCCUCCCAUCUCUGCUGACUCCAGGGACCAAUUUGGUUCAAGCCAUUCCCUGCCAGAGGUACAGCAACAUAUGAGGGAGGAAUCUCGGACAAGAGGCUAUGAUCGAGACAUCGCAUUUAUCAUGGAUGACUUACAAGGCGCCAUGUCUGACAGCGAAGCACUAAGUGAGCCCAUGCUGGUUUUGAACAGAGAUGAUGCCAGAAUCUUUCAUGAAAGUAUCAGACACGCUGGAGGCCCAAACUGGAAUAUAGAAGCCUAUCACCUAAGGAGAGAGGACACAGAUUGGUUUGAUAAGCCAAGUGAGGGGCAUCCGCAGGCCAGGAGACAGAUGAAACUGGUACCAUAUGCAUUCCCUAACAAUCACAUCAAGCUGAAGAGAGACCCAAAGGAUACCAGUGUGUCAGGCAACGGACUUGGGAUCCGGGUAGUAGGUGGGAAGGAGAUUCCAGGGAGCCGAGGACAGAUUGGAGCCUACAUUGCCAAGGUCAUCCCAGGUGGUGUGGCAGAACAAACAGGACAAGUUGUAGAGGGAAUGCAGGUGUUGGAGUGGAACGGAAUCCUUCUGAUGGGAAAGACUUAUGAAGAAGUGCAGUGCAUUGUGGGCCAGCCAUGCGCGGAGGCGGAGAUCUGUGUUAGACUAGACCUUGACAUGCUGUCUGACCCUGAGCACCCACAAGCCCUGGAGCACCAUGUCCAGCUUAAGGCUGUAGGUGGGCAGCGUUCCCCUGGUGUGGACCCUAAUCAAUUGGCAGCAGAACUGCAGAAGGUGUCCCAGCAGCUGGCUCCUGGUUUGGCUGGAACAGGGCUUGGGUCUGGGGGUUUGGGGGUCCUCUCUGCACUGGAGCGUUCUGCCCUCCUCCACUCGGGUACUGGCUCAGCUGCCUCCAGUGGUGUGCCAAGCCCUGGCCAGCCUGCAUCCCCAGCGAUAAACAAGAAACAAAGACACAAGCCUAUAGAGGUCAUGAGGACACCUCAUCCCAUCACUGGAGAAAUUCAGCUCCAAAUCAAUUAUGACAGGAACCUGGGAAACUUGAUCGUGCAUGUUCUGCAGGCCAGAAACCUGGCCCAGAGGGACAACGACGGCUACUCUGACCCAUUUGUCAAGGUCUACCUCUUACCUGGGAGAGGCCAAGUCAUGGUUGUCCAGAAUGCAAGUGCUGAUAACAAGAGAAGGACCAAGUAUGCCCAGAAGACCAUGAACCCAGAAUGGAACCAGACUGUCAUCUACAAGAACAUUCAUUUGGAGCAGUUAAAGAAAAAGACGCUGGAGGUGACAGUGUGGGACUAUGACAGAUCCUCUUCCAAUGAUUUCCUGGGAGAAGUGUUGAUUGACUUGUCGAACACUGCCCAACUAGACAACACUCCUCGUUGGCUGCUUCUGAACGAGCAGAGUGAGAGCAUUGAGCACAGCAAAGCCCACAAUGCUGCUCAAGGACCACCAGGGUCUGGAUCAGGUCAGGGUUAUGGUCAGGGACACAGUCUAGGCCAUAUGUCAGGCCCUGGGAUGGGGCCUGGGCUUGGUAUGGGACAGGGACAAGGACCAGACGGGAGUCUAGAUUCACCAAAGAACUCUGUCAUCAAGAGUAGAAGCCAUGGAAUCUUCCCUGAUCCAGCCAAAGACAUGCAGAUGUUGCCUUUGGAAAAGUCUCACAGCAGCCCAGGUAGCUCCAAGUCUUCCUCUGAUGGCCAACUGCGCUCCCAUGGCCCCUCCCGAAGCCAAAGCAAGAGCAGCGUCACUCAGGCCCACCUUGAGGAUGCUGGGAUAGCCAUUGCUGCUGCCGAGGCGGCUGUGCAACAGUCCCGCCUGCAACCAAGACCAGGACACCGACUGGGUGAUGUCUCGGGGUCAGUGGUGCUGUCGGCCCCAAGUCUUGUGGGAGACGCAUAUGGAGGUCUGGAUGGGGAAGAUGGGGAGGGCACUGGAGUGGACAGUGCCAUUUUUCAAGUCCCACGCAUCGGAAAGACUAUUCCUAAUGGCACAGACAAACACCAACUAGGGACCCCGGAAAAUGAAGCCGGUAAAACACAAGUUAUAGGCGAGAUCAAGGUGGCUCUCAAGAAGGAGGUAAAGACAGAGGGGGACCAACUGGUCUUGGAGAUCCUUCAAUGCAGAAACAUCACUUACAAGUUCAAAAGCCCCGACCACCUACCAGAUCUGUAUGUGAAGUUAUAUGUGGUAAAUGUAGCCACUCAGAAAAGGAUCAUCAAGAAGAAGACAAGAGUUUGUCGACAUGACAGAGAGCCCUCCUUCAAUGAGACCUUCAGGUUCCCCCUAAACUCAACUGGACACUCCAUACAGCUUUUCUUGGUGUCCAACGGAGGCAAGUUCAUGAAGAAGACCCUAAUUGGGGAAGCCUACAUCUGGCUGGACAAGGUUGACAUGAGAAAGAGAGUGGUCAGCUGGCACAAGUUGUUUGUGAGCUCCAAUCAGACCAACCCUUGAGCAGCACAACAACAAGCUGGAGAAAAGGUGAAGCCAGAGUUCAGAGAUCUGACAACAAGACAAAUAAGAGCAAAUAUAUUUCAAAAGAGGAACCAAACAAAUGUAUUUGAGUUCAUGAGUGUUGAGAAGGGAGAAAUGAUCUGCUAAUACCAUUACAGUUGUAUCUUUCCAACACUGCCAGCACACGUCCACCUCCUCCACUACCGACUCUGUGCUGACUGUGAUUUUAAGAUGCAAACAUGCAAGCACCACAGCAAGCUCUGAAACGAACCCAGCAGCAAUAUGGCUGUGUGAGUGUGUCCUUCUUACCAUGAUUCCAAUUCAAUGACAUGAGCCUUUGUCGGUAUAGGGCUCUGCAACUACGCUAACAUAUCUCUCAGAGGGGAAAAAUGAAAAAAAUGGUGUUUUCUUCAUCUGAGAUUCAUUGUGGGAAUGUCCAUAUGAUGGUUGUGAUGUGUGUGGACAUCAGUGGUCUUGAAAUGUUAAAUAUGAAGGAAUGCAUAUUUUUUUGUAUGAAAGUCUUUCAGUUGUAUGUAAAAAUAUAAAAAAACAAAGUCAGACAGAUGACUUUUGCUAUGUGAUGAUGGAAAAUGUACAGCACUUCAGAUUGUAGAUAUCACACAUGCAGAUUACAGAGCAUAUCAGAGAACCACACUGUACAGUGUGGUGUUUAUAUAAUAUACAAAGGUAUCAGAUGCAGAAUAUAUCUAAUAACAUAUACAGUACAAGAGUUGUUCUCAUAUUACUAGAUUAUAUAUAAUACAAAAUAGUUUGUUUGAGACUGUGAGUGACGCACUGACAAUCCAGUAGGCUACUCUAGUCUAUGGUGUAGGCAGUCUUAAUAGCCGUUACGUGAAUGUGGACCUAUGUGAGCUCAUGGAUGUUCAUGAAAAAAAGCUCCUUUAGUCCUUUGAUCACACUGAUGCACCAUUAGAUGUUCAACAGGGCUUUGAUGGAUUGCAAAAUUUUAAACGUCAACAUCCAGUAACAUUUUGCUAUUUCAUUAGCAUGCUAUUGUGUGAGGCAGGAAUUACAAUACAAUGACCAGCAGUUAUGUGUUUCAAAGUCCAAUCACUUGCUAUGUUGAAAGUCACAAGCCAACUGUUGAGGAUGAGAUGAGUUUAUUACAUUUGUGUCAAGUGUAUGACAUUUUUACUUUAAGGCUGUGGUUGUUACUUAGAGUAUGCUAAUAUUUAUUUCUGUGUAGCCUAUCAUGUAAUUACACUGUUGGUAUGGACAUGUAAUUCACAAGUUGUGUCAAAACCAUACGUGUGUCUGCGACUGUCAUCACCUCAGUAUGACAGCUCUGCUUUCUGUGUGUAAGUAAUGCCCCUCCUCUGAGUUUAACCUUGAAAAAAACAUUUCAAAUUAAGAAAAAGUGUUCCUACCUGUCAAAUGUCAAGGUUCCUCCGUGUUUCUGGCUGUGCUGUAAAACUCACCAAGCUGUUUUGUGUCAGUGACUCCCACAACACAGUGAACCAGCCUCUUUCACUGCCUGUGACCAAAACACUCACUCAGGCGCAUUGGGGUUCUCUCAUAUUUUCAGUCAGUCAGAUGGGGCCACAUAUAAUUAUCUUGCAAUGUUUUGCCACCAUAUCUAAAGAAUAGGGGGAAAAAACACUUUGAGUGACCCUCAGAUCGACUGUUGUUGUGUUUAGGCAUAUCAUAGGGCUGAUGCAAUUUUUUUAAAAGAAUAACAUAUAACAGAAGAAACACACCUAAAACAAGAUGUCACCUAAAUCUUACUACAAAGGGUAACGAAAGAAUAUAAUAUGAAGGGAAUGUGGUUGAGUUUUCCAAUAACUAUUUUGUUGUGCCAACCUUGUUUUGUUUUUUUAUUCCAGAAACAUUGAUUUUUAAUUCUAUGCAACAUAGAUGUGUUUGAAUGCAUUUGUUUUUUUGGAACUAAAUGUUAUGUAUGUGAACAUAUGGUCUAAAAAUGGCUUACAGAAAAAUGAAAAAAAAACUUUAAUUUGUACUUUAUUGAAGAAAAUAUAAAAUAAAUAGAUUUUUUUUACUGAUUUUAAUAGAAAUUAAUGUUAAAAGCUGUUAACAUCUACAUAGAGAUUGUGCACUUUAUUAUUACAUAGUUUAUUUUCUUGUCUCAUUUUAACUGUCAUGACAUGCAAGAUUAUGUGUUUUGUGCUUCUGCAUUGAAAUGAACUGACUAAUGGUGUAUGUGGUGGCAGAAAACAUUGUGGUGUGCAUUUUGUAUCUAUGUGGCAAAAGAAAAAACAUGCAGACACGUUGGGGUUUCUCAACAUAAUGCACAAUUUGGGGAAAAUCACCUGUCUACAUCAUGCUCAUAGUCUAAUUACCAGUCUCUGUACAGUAAAGUAAAUAAGACAUAUUCCCUAAAUGCUCAGUCAGCCCCUCGUGUUUCAUUAGACUUCCCUCAAGCUAAUUAAUGUUUGUUCAAAUCAGCUGUUGCCUGUAAUUGUGAAACCAUCUAUGUGUUGUCGUUCUGACAGGUGUGAAUGUGACUCGAGUCCUUUGACAUGUGUAUAUAAAGUGUUUAUUUUCUACAAAGAUUGAAUGUUUAUAUUGUCUGAAGUUUGAGCAUGUGAGUGUCGAAAAAAAUCACAAAAGACUUAUAACUGUACAGCAAUGUGUGUCUAUAGUUGUGCAAGGGGAGUUGACUGUAAUCAAUCAAAACAUGUUCCGUCAACCAAUGACUAUCUGUGCAACCAUGUCCCAUACACGGCUGAAAACAACACAAAGGGAAAAAAAUCGAUUCAACUUUAACAGUUGUCUAAGACUUUAUGUUUUGGAUGUUGCAUGUUUUGUUGAUGGUUUGUCUGUAUAUUUUGCCUACAGAUUAUGUUUAAAAGAGACAGAGAUAUGUAUAGAUUUAUCUGUAUGCUGACUGUAAAGAAAUAUGCUUGUAAAAUUGUCUUGUUUUUCACUCCGUGUAAAAACAAGGAAUCUAAUGUUAUGGUUUUGUGGUUGUACACAGGAUGUGUUGAGAUAUUAUGCAAAUUGUGCUGUAAAGAAAAUCAGCUGUUUCCCCUGAGUCUAAAGAAUAAAUAUUAAGAAGAGCUAU